UUGCGUUAUUCACUUGUUGGAUGGAUGGGUACACGACGAUAACAGUAUUUAAAGAGUGGUACAGCUCCGCGUACACACGAUGGUAUACACCCAGGCACUGGUUUUCGGGAACGGAAUUACCGUUUUCUCCGAAGAGGACAGAAUAGUGGAGUUUAUGAGGAAGUUCCUCCUCCAAAUUACUUCAGGUAAUAAGAAAAGUAUACCCGACCGGAGUUUAGAGAACAGCUGUGAAUUCAUCGAAGAUAUCAAGUCCUCAAGUGUUGAGUGGCUCGAUUCGCGUUCGAAUAUGGAGGACUGCGUCGAGGAAGCGCUUCAGUUGGAGCUGGCCAAACAGAUCGAGCUGUGCCUGGCGAACGCCAAGACGAGCCGCCUGCAGUGCCAGGAGCUGCUCCUGCCGCGGCGACUCACCGGCCGCGUCGCGCGGGACAUCAUGGUCUCCUCGGCCGACGAGCCGUGCGGGCUCCGCGGGGCGAUCGUUCAGGUGCUCCUGGAGACGAAAGGAACCUUGGAGCCGCUGGGUAGCAUCGCGCCCGACCGCAGCGUCACGCCCACCUUCGAACUGACCGUGGUGUUCAAGUCCGAUCCCGACAGCUGGGCCGCUCUGAAGAGCCUGUUUGCGGCCGACAAGGUCCUCAAAAUCCGCCCUGGCUACAGGCUGGUCAAGAGGAAACUGUAUUCGUCCGCUAGCCCGGUCAUACACGACUUUGACUGAGAAAGCGCUAUAACUGUGUACCAUACAGUUACCCGCAAUGACAACCAACACUGGCUAAUUCAUAAAGUACACUGCACUUUGAAAGAACGUUCCAGAAAUUCGAUAUGUGGCUGUAUUCCUCUGACGGUUUAUUAUUACGGAGUGCUUUGUUGGAUAGGGGAUUGGAAAGAAUAAGGAGAUGCAGACUGUACAUAAGUGUGACUACACGUAGGCUACUGUACACUGUGUCCAUGUGGGAGACGCUAAUGCGGGGAAAGUGUAAUCUGUGUGUCACUGAAUGUUAAUGGAAUUAUGUAUUAUCAGAUAAGGGAGGGAGGUGACGGUCAGGUGCUAGCGCUAUCGUACGGUCUUGUUUUUUUGUUGUUUUUUUUAAUGACAUGACCGGCGGGUGCAGUCACCUGACGCAGGUAAACUCCUCCCUGUCCCAUCGGCCGGGAUUCGGCCUGUGGUGACUCACUGUGCCAGGUACGUUCAGCGACGGGCGAUUGUGCAAUGGGGAUUGUGACCUUCAUAACUGGCACGACUCUGGUCACAAGCUGCCGUGUGUGUGUGUGUGUGUGUGUGUGUGUGUGUGUGUGUGUGUGUGUGUGUGUGCGCGUGUGCGCGCGCUCGUUUGUGUGUUUUAUACAGCACGCGUUUUCUUCUUUAGUAUGAAACCCACAGUUCAGCGCACUGUGGUAACUGCACUAAUGCACCACGGACUGGGAGAAUUUAGUUUUUCAUUUAGUUUUGCUGGCCUGCCAGCCAGUGGUCGACAUUCCAUGGGUUCUCAAACACAGCAGGCUCCAGACGACAGUUUUCCUUUCAUAAAACAGAAUUGUGUCCAGUGCUCAGUUGCGUCUGAAAGCAGAACCGAGAUUAAGACUUCGUAGUAAAUCAGAACCUUCCUCUUGACUGAAUGCGUGGGGUCUUACUGUUGCUUUAUCCAAAUGAUGAUAUGAAAUAAGGUUUACACUAAAUGCACUCGGAAAAUGUAAAAAACAAAAAAAAACAAAAAGGAAUGUUUGAGGGAGGGAUGAGGUGUACUGUUGAGGUGUACUGUUAACUUCUGCACUGCAAUGAAAAGGAGCAAAAUAUGUGUACAUGUGAUGUCAUAACUUGUUUCGCCAUGGAAACCUCAGCUCAGAGAGACUGCCUGGCAGGCGAACUGGUCUUGCCUCGUGACAGACUUUCAUGAUGUUUUUUGUAUUGUCAUGCGUCAGUAUUCUGCUGUAUUGUGAGAAAAAUAAAUUAUUUCGUACGCA